AUGGAAAGGUUCCCAUUCCCUUCGAAAAAUACUGGACGCGGCACUGUGUCUACACAGGCGCAUUUGCAGAUCGUUGGAGGGCGAUGGCGGGUAAUUGACAAACUGGGCGAAGGUGGAAUGGGAGCUGUAUACAAAGUGGAGGAUAAGAAUCGCAAAAGGUUCUAUGCCGCAAUGAAAGUGGAAGACGAUCUUUACGAAGGUGGGGUAUUGAAAUUGGAAGUGUUUAUUCUACAAAAAUUACAAAAGAUGAGGGAUACAGUGAAGCUAUACGACUCUGGAAAACGCGACAAGUACUGGUACGCAUCUUCUUUCAGCUUCAUGGUCAUGACUCUUUGCGGUAAAGAUCUUAUGACCUUAAAAAGGCUAGCCGCGAGACCAUUUUCGGAGUCAACAACACUGCGACUAGCUAUAAGCACUCUUUAUGCCAUUAAACAAGUAGGAGAUAUAAUUUCAGAGUCAACUCCAAUGUCCCAUGAACUCCAAAAAUAA